GUCUGGUUUCUCCAUAGUGGUCUUCAUCCUGGGGCCCCUGAAGAUGUUGCAGGAGAUCAUGCGCCUGGCCCAAGCUCAGAACAUGACCAGCGGUGACUACGUCUUCAUCUACCUGGACUUUCUGGGGGAAAGCCUGAGCGCCGAGGGGCAUCGCGAGGCAGCCAAGCCCUGGCAGAGCAAGGAGUGCCCAGAUUUGGGAGACCUCCGAGAGGCCUUCCGGACGGUGCUGAUGGUCACCCCCCAUGUGCCCCAAACCCCUGAAUACCGGCGUUUCCAGAGCCAGCUGAUCCAGCGUGCCCAGAGAGACUUUGGUGUGGCUGUGAAUGACUCACUGGGGACGCUGGUGGCCGGCUGCUUCCACGACGUGCUGCUGCUGUAUCUCGGGGCCCUGAAUGAGACGCUGCAGGAAGGCGGAACCAAGCGGAACACCAGCCGCAUCCUGGAGAAGAUGAGGGGCCUGAAAAUCCAGGGCGUCACUGGGACGGUGAGCCUCAACAGCAACAAUGACCGAGAGACAGAUUUCGACCUGCAGGCCAUGAGAGAUGUGGAGAGCGGAGAAUUCCAGGUGGUGGCUCAUUACGUGGGAGCAGACAAGCAGAUCGAGUGGCUGGGGCCCAUCCACUGGAAGAAGGGGAGCCCUCCUCUCGACAACCCGCCCGGUGUCUUCGACAUGGAUGACCCCUCCUGUGGUAAAGGUGGGGGGUAA